ACUCUGUACGCUCGGUCGCUGAUGUGUUUCGUCUACAUCACUGUGUGAUAUAUGGCGAAUUUCAUAUUGGCCUAUCAACAGCAGACAUUCGUUAUUUUGAAAAGGUGAGGAAGUCGGGUUCCACGUAACGUCAGCUUUGACAGGGUCAUUUUGAUAAAAGUGCCUUCGAACAAUUACAUUCAGCAUUUCAAUGCUCCGAAUAGUGAUUUGUGUGAAGUUAUAUAUCGCGUGAACUUGAUACAGAAACUUUCGUCAUACUUCUCAUAAGUUAUUGUAUAUAUAAAUUAUUACACGAAGAACGUCAUUCUCUAGCGAUCGUCUAAAUUGUAAAACAAGGCGAUUAUAAAAUAUAUAAUGGACAAGGAAAACUACGCAACACAUCAUCAGUCAACUAUACAAGCGUUGAAGGUCAGCAGUUUCAAGCACCUGAGUAUUUCUGAUGCAGAGCAGGAUGAUAACAACACUGCAAAGACAUCCAUGGAAUUAAUGCCACCACCAAAGUUACCCUUGGCAUCUAAACCAAUAGAUUCCAAUCAAAUGCAACAGCAGUAUUGCAAUGAAAAUUGUAAAGAGGUAAAGACUGCUAAGAAUGAAGAAGAUCAGAAAGUUAGUACUUCGGAUGCAAAUACAGAAAGUCAAAGCCAGAAGAAAUGGACACUGGUGGAUUUUGACAUCGGACGUCCUUUAGGCAAAGGAAAGUUUGGCAAUGUAUACCUGGCUAGAGAAAAGAGAUCCAAAUUUAUAAUAGCCAUGAAAGUACUCUACAGAUUAGUAAUAGACAGGGCACAAAUAUUGCAUCAAGUACGAAGAGAGAUAGAAAUUCAAAUGCAUUUAAGACAUCCAAAUAUUUUAAGAAUGUACGGCUAUUUCUACGACGAUAAGCGUAUUUAUUUAAUAUUGGAGUACGCACAGAAAGGAGAGCUGUAUAAAGAGUUACAUAGUCAACCCAACAAACGAUUUGAUGAACAAAGGACAGCCACAUACAUAGCUCAAUUAGCAGAUGCGUUAAAAUAUUGUCACAGCAAGAAAGUUAUUCAUCGCGACAUCAAACCUGAGAAUUUACUUCUCGGGGCUGGUGGUGAAUUAAAGAUAGCCGACUUCGGGUGGUCCGUACAUGCUCCUUCUUCUCGAAGAGAUACUUUAUGCGGUACUUUAGAUUAUCUGCCACCAGAGAUGGUAUCUGGCAAAACGCACAACCACACUGUUGACUUUUGGAGCGUUGGAGUAUUGUGUUACGAGUGCUUGGUCGGCCAACCUCCUUUCUACGCAAAGACUAACGAUGAAACGUGUAAAAAUAUCUCGAAAUUGCGAUACACAUUCCCGAGCUUCGUCAGCGAAGAUGCGAAAGACUUGAUUUCAAAGCUUAUUGUUGUGGACCCGGAAAAGAGAUUGGAUAUGGACGGCGUUCUCGCACAUCAGUGGAUUGUAAAAAAUCGCAAGAUAGAAAAGGCGUGAGUGAAAUGUUCAGACACAAA